AUGUUCAUUACAUUGCUUAUUACAUUACUGGUUGUUACAUGUCUGGCCGUUUACCUUAAACUGAAGAAAUUAUACAGCUACUGGUCCAAACUCGGAGUGCCUCAUGAAAAGCCUUUGUUUUUCUUGGGAAAUAUAAAAGGAUUAGGAUACACUUGUCAUGGAACUGAAAUCAAUCGAAGAGUGUAUAAAAAAUUUAAAGAUUCCUCACCACUUGCUGGUUUUUACGCUUUUUUAACAAAGGCAGUGAUCGUUAUGGAUUUGGAUUUAAUUAAAAAUGUAUUGAUUAAGGAUUUUCAAUACUUCAGCGAUCGGGGUCUCUUUCAUAAUGAACGUGAUGAUCCUCUAACUGGAAAUUUGUUGUUUUUAGAUGGUGAUGCUUGGCGAAUGCUCAGGCAAAAGAUGUCGGCGGUUUUUACCAGCGGUAAAGUGAAAUUCAUGUUAUCUUCUAUCGUUAAAGUAGCCGAAAAAUUGGAGCAGGCUUGCGAUAUUAUAGUCAAUAAUGGAGCGAAUCAAGUUGAAGUGGAGGAUUUGUGUGCUCGUUUCACAACAGACGUGAUUGGAACGUGCGCAUUUGGCAUUGAGUGCAAUAGCCUAGGAGAACCGAGGGCAGAAUUUCGUGAAAUGGGUCGCAAGAUAUUCGAACAGCCUCGCCAUUCCUUGCUUGUUCAAAGCUUCAUGAUAUGUAAUCCCGAUUUGGCGCGCCGAUUAAGAUUAAAAGCUUUCCGUAACGACACUAGUAAAUUUUUUAUGAGUGUUGUUAAGGAAACAAUAAAACAUAGGAGAGAAAGUCAAAUAAAACGUAAUGAUUUUGUGGAUUUACUUAUUGAGCUGAUGGAGAAAAGGGAGAAGCUGUUAAAACAAGGCCAACGCAUAGAAAAAGAUGAUAUGGCCAGUGGUUUAACUUUUGAGCAAGCAUGUGCUCAGGCAAUGGUUUUCUUUGUGGCCGGAUUUGAUACUUCUUCCGCGACAAUGUCGUUUUGUUUGUAUGAACUGGCUUUAAAUCCGGAUAUUCAAAGGAAACUACGGGAAGAAAUCUUGGCAGUAUUAGAAAAAUACAACUCUCAAAUAACCUAUGAGAGCUUAAAGGAAAUGACUUAUAUGGAACAAGUUUUCAACGAAACACUGCGCAAAUAUCCGGUUGUUCCUCUAUUGCCACGAGUUUGUGUGAACGAUUAUCGUUUGGCAAAUAGUGAUUUGAUCCUCGAAAAAGGAUUGCGUGUAAUUAUACCCAUCGAUGCUAUACAAAACGAUCCUGAAUAUUUUAAGGAACCUGAACUAUUUAAUCCAGACCGUUUUUCUUCCGCUGCAAUAGCGCAACAACAUCCUGCAUUUUCUUUUCUACCUUUUGGUGAAGGACCUCGCAAUUGCUUUGGUAUGCUUUUCGGCAAAUUGCAAACGCAGAUCGGUUUGAUCAUGAUGUUGAGAAAAUAUCAUUUUUCAACCACCUCUAAGACAAAAAUUCCUUUGCAUUAUUCAAAGAAAACUUUCCUCUUAGCAUCAGAAUCCGGAAUUUGUUUGAAGAUUGAAAAACUUUAUUGAAAUAAUUGAACCGUCAGAGUUCAAGUUCGAUUAACUAUUCAAAACAUGAAGAUUUUUAUACAUCACAGCAAAUUUUCAGGAGUUGUGAAUAGAUGAAGAAGAAGAAAAAGAAGCAUUCAAAACUCUACAUAAAGCAUAUAAGAAACUUACA